UUGUGCAAGUGCCGCCCUAUAAAUACGGAGACACUCCCGGCUUUGGAAGCCUCCGUCAGCUCGGCCUCCGAGGAGCCUCUCUGCCUUCCCCGGGCAUCCCGGCCCGGCCUCCCAGCCGCCAUGAGGGCUCUCUCCUUCCUGCUGCUGAUUCUGUGCCUCGUCUCCUCCCACCUGGCUCCAGGUGCUGGCUUUCUCAGUGGUCUCGGCCAGAGGUCUGACCACUACAUGUGUGCCAGGAAAGGAGGCACCUGUAACUUCUCCCCCUGCCCGCUCUUCACCAGGUCGGAAGGCACCUGUUAUGGCGGGAAGGCCAAGUGCUGCAUGCGUUGACUCUGAGCUGGGUGCGACGGAGAAAGGAUGGGGAAGUCCAACAAAGUAUUUGUAACCACUGUUUUAAUAAAGGAAGACCUUUUUUUAAGCA